AUGAACUUGACAGAACUGGUCGCCCUUCAGUCCACCCUCAACGAGGCCCUCGACGCCAUUCAGGCUGAAAUACGCAAUGAUGGCCUCCCCGAGCUUUCCACCACCUCACAAGAACCACACCCUCUGGAUCACUCCAACGCUUCCACCUCGCCUAGAUUAUAUGAAGCACGCCGCCUCGCUCUGGGUAAGCCUUUUCUUUGUACCUUCGGCUACCUCUCUGAUGAAGUUAUCCAUCGAUCCGAAUACCACUUUGUCUCUGCAGCAUCCAUCGGACAACUGAAAAACCUCCUCCAAGUUCCCUACGAAAAGGUUGUCGAACAAUCGUGUGCAGUGUACGACACAUCAUGCCUCGACAUCUUCGUCAAAACUGGAAUCGUGGAUGCUCUUGCAGAGACGCCCCAUUCUGCGACUGGUCUUCACGUUCUUGAACUGCAAAAACAACUUGACCUCCCCGCCCCCAAGCUCAGGACCGUAAUGCGGUACCUAGCUUGCCAAGGAUGGGUGCAUGAAACUCAGGAGGAUGUUUUCACACUCAACCGUCCCGCACUUGAGCUAAGAAAAGGAAACAAUGGCCGGAAAUGGGUCCUUACACCUGGAAAACCCAAAGUUGCCAGCUCACUUUUAGAUGUCAUAACCCACCCGCAAUGGAAGCACUCCAGAUCUCCCAAAGAGACAGCCUUCCAGCUCUCACACAAGACUCCCCUCACUCUUUUUGCUUACCUGAAGCAGAAUCCUGCUGAGCUAAAGCAGUGGGCAAGCUCUGUUCGAUCCCUCGGUGAUGUUUACCAGCCUGCAAUAGUCAAUGACUACCCUUGGAAGCGACUUGGGCCUCGCACAAUCGUUGAUGUUGGUGGCGGACAAGGGAAUUUGUCAAUUUCCCUUGCGAAGUGUCUUCCAGAAUGUAAUUUUGUGAUCCAGGACCUGCCCGAAGUAGUACCCAUCGCCCAGGGUAACAUUGACCGUGACAUACCUGAACUUGCCGAAGAAGGUCGCAUCGUCGUUGAGGCUCACAACUUUUUCCACACACAGCCACGCUCGUCAGAGGAUAUAGUAUAUAUGUUUCGAUAUAUAUUGCAUGACUGGCCAGAAGCUGAUUGCAUAACCAUCCUGAAGAACACCAAGGCCGCUGCCGGCCGACGGUCCAAAAUCCUAAUUGUCGAAUACGUAUCCACCCCUUCUACCAUCUCAUCUACUCCUUCUGGUGACACCAUCAGCCUCUCCGACCUCUCCGCUACUUCUCACUCCCACUCCCACUCCAACUCUAAUGGUGUCAUUAACGGGAACGGGAACGGUGUGGUGAAAACAAAGAGCAAGGCUUACCGCUCAAUCACCGCGCCCGCCUACGUACCCGCCAACUUUGGCGCGAACGCAAAGAUGCACCUCGCGCUGGGCGUGCACAUGAUGGGUGUCUUCAACGCGCUCGAGCGAUCACUCACCGAAUGGCAAGAGAUCAUCGAAGCAGCCGGUCUGAAGAUAUCCGGAGUAUACAGCCUCCGCGCUAGUGUGUCGGUGAUAGAGUGUGAACUCGCAUAA